AAAUAAAAUAAAGAUAUAUUCAUAAUUUUUAACGUUGGAAAAAAGUAAAGAUGAAAGAUGAAAGGUGAGUUUAGCUAAAAAAAAAAAUAAAAAUUAUCACGUAAUAUUGUAUCACGUGAAAGUUGAUUCCACAAGACUUCUACACGUAAUGUUAAAUAAAUAAAAUAUUUGGAUAUCAAUAGAUCAAUAGAUCAAUAGUUAAAUAAAAUAUUUGGAUAUCAAUAAAUCUCUUCAGAGACUUCAAUAAAAGAGCGUGCUUAUUUAACGCUUUACAGAAAUUACGUGAAAAUUGAUUCCAGAGAGAUUUCUACAAGUGACGUUAAAUAAGAUGUUUAUAUACCAUUAAGUCUCAUCAGACUUUGAUAAAAGUGUGCUUAUUCGACGCUUUAUAGAUAAAUUGUAGAAAUCAAAUACCAAUGAAGAGAUAACACAGAGAGAAUAAGAAAAGAGAGCUCAUCAAAUCAAUAUAUAAAAUAAUGGAAAUUCAAACUUUUAUAUUCUUUGAUCUGAAAACAACUGGACUGAUUCAAGAAAAGCUUAUGCCAAGAAUCACAGAAAUUGCUUUAAUCGCUGUUGGAAGAGAGUCAAUAUGUAAUAGCAACAAAGCAUCUCUGCCACGAGUCUUACAAAAGUUAAUACUUCCGAUUAAUCCCCAAAAAAUUAUACCGCCAAAUGUAGAGUACAUAACAAAGCUGUUUAAUGAUGAUAUGUUACUGCUGCGGCCUUUCGAAUGUGAAGUUUAUGAGUUAAUAAUGUGUUUUCUACAGCGUCUCACACCACCAAUUUGUUUUGCAGCACAUAACGGCAAAAGUUUUUACUAUCCAAUAUUCUUCCAGGAACUCGAGCGUACAAAUAAGGUUCUUGAUGACAAAAUCCUCUGCAUUGAUACAUGGAACAUGUUUAAAGAUUUAUUCGAGAAAAAAGACUCUGAACCAAAGAUGAUCCAAAAUUUAUUGAACGAUGAAUAUAAUAAUUCACUUUCUAUGUUGGAUAUGGAUAUCAGAAUAAUAGGGCAAGAGGCUACGGCAACGUCCACUUCGCUAAUGACAUCUGCCCAUGAUGGAUAUAUCAAAACUAUAAGCAAUAAGAAAUAUGAUAUAAAUGAAGUAUAUAACGGUAACAUUGAUAUCGAAUCGUCGAAGAAUUUUAGACAAAAAGAUAACGAGAAAACGCCAGAGAAUCAAAUAAUAAGGCAGCAUGAAAUCGCUGUCAAACGACCAUUUAAAAAUUAUUAUCCAAGAAAGAGAUUGGAUUUUGGGUGCGAAGAGAGACCAGUCAAUCUGCAACUCAACACCAUUUACAAAUGUAUGUUUGGUUCAAAUAUCCCUCAGGAGCAUUCAGCCGAAGCCGGCUGUCUUGCCAUGAUACGUUGCGUCACUAAUAUCGUCGACUUCUUCCUUGAGUGGUCAGACAAUCACGCAAUUCCAUUCGCUAGCUGUAAAGGAAUUUAGUUCAACGUUAUUAAUUGAUGUUGUAAACAGUUGAAAUUAUACAGGGUGUCCGGGCCGGUCGAAUAUUUCAUAAACUAUGCACUUCAGAAAGAAAUGUUUCAAACAAAAGUUGUAUGGCUUAAAGAGGGCCAUAAGACGGUGUCAUUGGUUUGACCUUGCACAGUCGUUUGAAGGUCACGUGAAGAUCGCCUUCAAUUUU